GCCGGUCGAGCUAGGAAGGAAGGAAGGAUGUUUGGGGACUGCCAGGUCCUGUCCUCGAUGGCGGCCAUGGCCGGGGCCUCAUCCUCGGCGGACGCGCUCUUCAUCCCCAACCCUGGCGCGCUCGCCGGCUUCAUGUCCUCCUCCGCCGCCGCCAUGCCGUUCCACCACUUCUCCACCACCACCGCCUCCCUAAUACUACCUAAGGAGGAGGGCGGCAUGAUGGGCGCGCUCCAGGCGGCUAAGGACGAGGACAUGGAGCUGGAGAUGGACAUGGAGCUCAGCGGCGGCUCCGGCAGCGGCCACCUGGACGGCCUCCUCAGCUUCGCCGACGUGGACGACGACCGGCCCGAGCAGAAGCCGCAGCACGGGGGCCUCGUCCAGUACUGGAAUCCACACGGGACUCAUGUCCGACCAGUACUGGAACGUGCGUACCCGUCUAGAGCACCUAUGCACCUAUCAAAGAACGGUGCAUAUUGGUUCAGCUUAUGA